AGCAAACGCAGAAAGACAAAGUUCAUUUGGAUGCGAGUGGGAACGGAGUGAGAGGGGCCAUUUUGACUUUCUAGUUAAAGGAAAUGACUGGUCUGACGGGGUCUGGGAGCCGAAGUACCCAGGGUCUAAGGAUAACUCUGGGACCCUGACAGCCAUGACUCUGACUCUCACAGAUGACCCCAGAUUUCUGCAUUCUGGGCAACGUGAGGUGCCACUGAACUUGAUCUGACACCCUUUCUCUAGAGGAUGGCCAAGGGGCUCUUGGUGACCUAUGCCCUCUGGGCUGUAGGGGGCCCUGCUGGGCUCCACCACCUGUACCUGGGGCGGGACAGUCAUGCACUGCUCUGGAUGCUUACCCUGGGGGGUGGUGGGCUGGGCUGGCUCUGGGAAUUCUGGAAGCUCCCAAGCUUUGUAGCUCAGGCCAACAGAACCCAGGGACAGAGGCAGAGAUCGGAAGAGAGGACACCCCCUCUGAGUCUUACUCGCUUUGUUGCCCAGAUUAUAGUGGGCAUCUAUUUUGGCCUGGUAGCUCUCAUUAGCCUUUCUUUCAUGGCCAACUUCUAUAUUGUGGGCCUCCCACUGGCAGUUGGCUUAGGGGUCUUGCUGGUGGCUGCUGUUGGCAACCAGACCACAGACUUUAAGAAUACUCUAGGGGCAGCAUUUCUUACUUCCCCUCUCUUCUAUGGCCGCCCCAUAGCCAUUCUGCCUAUUAGCUUGUCUGCCAGCAUUACAGCCCAGAAGCAUCGCCGCUAUAAAGCUUCCAUUGGGUCAGAGACGCUCAGCGUUCGGCUCUAUCGUCUGGGCUUGGCUUACCUGGCUUUCACAGGUCCACUAGCCUACAGUGCCUUUUGCAACACAGCUGCCACCCUCAGCUAUGUAGCAGAAACCCUUGGCUCCUUCUUGAGUUGGUUCAGCUUCUUUCCCCUCAUUGGUCCCCUCAUGGAGUCUGUCCUCCUUCUGCCUUACCGGGGAUGGAGGCUGCUGAUGGGGGAUCCUCGCUUCAGCAGCAGCAACUUCCAGGAAUGGGAGAAGCUCUAUAAGUUUGUUAGCAGUUUUCAGGAUGAGAAGCGCCAGCUGGCUUACCAGGUUUUGAGUCUCUCAGAGGGGGCAACAAAUGAAGAAAUACAUCAAAGAUACCGGGAGCUAGUAAAGAUCUGGCACCCUGACCACAACAGGCACCGGACCGAGGAGGCUGAGAGGCAUUUCCUGGAGAUUCAGGCUGCGUAUGAAGUCUUAAGUCAGCCAAGAAAGCCCAGGGGAUCCUGGAGGUGAGAAGAAAUUUCCCCUUGUGGAUGGACUCUUUCUGGCAGAACGAAGCAGCUUGUCCCAGCCCAGAUUUGCCUACUUGGGUCAUCCCAGUAGCAUUAAAGAAACUGUCUGCUUGCAGUGGGGGUGACAACAACUUAAAGGGGUAAGAAAGCUUUUGUGUAGAAGAAUGUAUUUAUGUUGCAAAUUUCUGAAUUCUCAUUAUUGUAUUCCUGACAAUUUCUUCUUAAAAUCAGAUAGUGAAAUGAAAGGCAUAUUAUAAAACCAGUAAAAUAUCUUUUAGAGAAUAUACUACCAUGCUCUGCCCUGGUACGCUGAUGAGUGAUGGAGAAAGGUUGUUUUAUCAACUUCUUCCCUUCCCUUCCCUCCCCUUCCCUCCCCUUCCCUCCCCUUCCCUCCCCUCCUCUCCCCUCCUCUCUUUCUUUCUUUCUUUCAUUCUCUCUCUCUCUUCUUUCUUUCCUUCUCUCUUUUUUUCCCAAAGUUAGGAGAUCUGAAGGAAAAAUAUGAAGGUUCUACCAUUUCGCAAGCUGUCCUGUGCAGAAGGGGUUUGAUUUAUUCUACAGAUUACCAAUGGGUAAGAGAGGGGUUAAAUUUAAAAAUUUCAGAAAAAUAUCUUAAUUCCAUUUAGAGGAGAGCUUUACUAGGAGCUACACUUUUCCCAAGAAGGAACAAGCUGCCAUGGGAUGGGGAUACACCCCCAUCGCAAACUUCUCUGCUUAAUGAAGUAUUGUAGAGAGCCCUCAGAUUUUACGUGGGUGGUUGGACUGGCUGAGUUCUCAGGUGUACCCCAGACUCGGGGUAUGACUCUGAACUACAUGCUCUGCUGCCUAGGAGCCUACAGUCUGGUGAGAGAUAUAGCAUAUACAACAGACACAGAUUUCAAAGUUCGCCUCCUUCAGUGUUUUGAACUAAGUGUCGUAAGAAGUAUAAAUAGAGUGCACUGGAACAUUGGAGAAGGGACAGAUGACAUUGUUUUAUGGGGACUCAUGGGAAAAUUCAUGAUUUAAAAAAAAUUUUUUUUUAAGAUUUUAUUUAUUUAUUUGACAGAGUGCAAUCACAAGUAGGUGGAGAGGCAGGCAGAAAGAGGGGGAAGCGGGCUCCCAUUGAGCAGAGAUCCUGAUUUGGGGUUUGAUCCCAGGACCCCAAGACCAUGAUCGGAGCUGAAGGCAGAGGCUUAAACCACUGAGCCACCCAGGCACUCCAAAAUUCAUGAUUUUAUAUCUCAUAUGCCUUUAUGGGGACUUUGGGGAAACCCUAGGGAACCAGGAGCAUGUCAACAGGGUCUUAUUUCAUUCCUAUAUAACCAGCCAAGUGUGGAAGAAAUAGUCUAGGAUACACAGGGACACUGGAGAACAGGAAUGUGAUGUUAAAAUUCUAAACCUUUACUCUAGCUUUCUUGCUCUUCUUUUGUGUUUGUGUACAUGCCUCAAGCUUUUUAUUUUUUUCCUGGAAAUUAAUGCUGAGUAGGGUAUAUAUAUUUUUUUAAAAAGUAGAAUUAUUUUGGCUAGUAUUUCUUGCAGACUAAAACAAAAUAUGGUCUGAUCAAUGGAGAAGAAUGAAAUUUGUAGAUUUUUUUCUUUGUAUUCAUAUAUUAAAAAAAUAAAAAUAAUUUUGUCAAUGAAUUUAUAUGCCAUGAUUUUAAGAACAAAUUAACUUUUACAUCUUUUUAAAGUUGCCAAAAAUUGAUACACUUCUUCUGAAAAACACAAUUUGUCAGAUUAUCACAUGGAAUUUUAAUGAGGCAUUUUCAUAGGGUAUUGAUUAGUAACUUACUAACAUGAUAUGUAGUACUAUUUCUGCAAAAUGUAAACAUAUUAAAAAUAGUCUAUAAAGAAGAAACAAAAGAAUGAUUAAGGGCUUUACUUGAUUUGGAAAAUAAUUUUACUGUUCUCAAAUUUUGUUAUGAGCUUUGUUAGAAAAAUAUGGCUAUAUUUUAAUUUACUCAAAUAGGAACUAUCAAUGAGCAGUUUCUGUUGUUUCAACAUGAACAAUGCUACAAUAAAUAUCUUUAAAUGUG